GCCAUCGCCGCCAUGGAGCCGGAGCGGCUGCGGCGCCGCCUCAGCUCCGCGUUCCGCCUGCGGGGGCUCGUCCUGCGCCCGGAUGCCCUGAAGUAUCUCAUCGAAGCUUUCCAGUCCACCAGUGAGGGAGAACUUGAUGAUAUAAUUGAAAAUGUCAUCGAUGCAGUUGAAAAACAGCCUUUGUCAUCCAAUAUGAUCGAGCAGCCCUUGGUGGAAGCAGCUGUCCAGGAAUGCAGCCGGGCCGCGGAUGAGGCGAUAGAAAAUGUUUUCAACAUUAUUGGAGCCUUUGACAUUCCACGUUUUAUUUAUAAUUCAGAAAGAAAGAAGUUUCUGCCCCUGUCCAUGACUGACCUGCCUAGGCCGAGUUUAUUUGGCACUGCCAGGGACAAGGCGGAGCUGUUCCGGGAGCGCUACUCCAUCCUCCAGCAGAGGAUUCACAGACAUGAGCUGUUCACUCCUUCACCAGUUGCUGCUCAUCCUGAUGAUAGCAAGAGCAAAUUCCAGCUCAAGACAGUAGAAACUCUCCUGGGAAAUACAGCUAAAAUGGAAGAAGUGAUUGUGCUUGGGAUGAUGACUCAGCUCAAGGAGGGGAAAUUUUUCCUAGAAGACCCCACAGGAGUGGUCCAGCUGGACCUUAGUAAAGCACAGUUCCACAGUGGGUUAUACACUGAAUCCUGCUUUGUUCUGGCAGAAGGUUGGUAUGAAGAUAAAGUUUUUCAUGUGAACGCUUUUGGAUUUCCGCCCACUGAGCCUUCUGCUACCACGAGAGCCUUCUAUGGGAAUAUAAACUUCUUUGGAGGGCCUUCCUCAUCGUCAGUGAAGGCUUCUGCAAAGCUGAAGCAGCUGGAGGAGGAGAAUGAAGAUGCCAUGUUUGUGUUUGUGUCUGAUGUGUGGCUGGACCAAGCAGAAGUGCUGGAAAAGCUUCACACAAUGUUUUCGGGUUAUUCCUCUGCACCUCCCACCUGCUUUUUCUUCUGUGGAAAUUUUUCAUCUGCACCAUAUGGCAAAAAUCAAAUCCAGUCCCUGAAAGGUUCUUUGAAAGCUCUGGCAGAUAUUAUAUGUGAAUAUCCCAGCAUCCAUAAAAGUAGUCGAUUUGUGUUUGUCCCUGGUCCUGAAGAUCCUGGGCCUGGAUCUAUUUUACCAAGACCCCCUUUGGCUGAAAAUAUCACUCAGGAAUUCAGACAGCUGGUGCCAUUUUCAGUUUUCACCACAAAUCCCUGCAGGAUUCAAUACUGCACCCAAGAAAUCAUUAUUUUUCGGGAAGAUUUGGUCAACAAAAUGUGCAGGAAUUGUGUCCGCUUCCCAAGCAGCAACAUGGACAUUCCCAACCAUUUUGUAAAGACCAUUUUAUCCCAGGGACACCUGAGCCCGCUGCCACUGAACGUCAGCCCCGUGUUCUGGGCCUACGAUUACUCCCUGAGGGUUUAUCCCGUGCCAGACCUGCUCGUCACCGCUGACAAACACGACCCCUUCACUGUCACCAACAGUGACUGCCUCUGCAUCAACCCUGUGAGACCCCCUGAGCACUCAAUUCCCAGCUCCCUCACUCCCUGCACUGCAUUUUCCUCACACAAAUGUGAUUUUUUUUUUCCCCUUUUCCUUCACAGGGUUCAUUUCCCAGAAGUGGAUUUUCCUUCAAGGUGUUCUACCCCUCCAACAAGACAGUUGAAGACAGCAAGCUUCAAGGACUCUGAAUUUUUGUGGCACUGAAAAAAGGCAGUGAACCCAUGUGAAGCUAACAGUAGCUCUUAUUUUUUACGUGCCUUAGUUUCAUGAUGUAUUGUGGACUUUUUAUAAUAAAUGUCCAAGUCAAAACCGAAUUGUUUUGUACAGAAAUAAACUUUUACAGGAAAAGACACUGGUGUCAGUUAAGUUGUAAAGUCAGAAUGAAAAAUAAUUGGCAAGACAUAAAAAAGUUAAGUGGAUGAACCAGCUGCAUCAGAACAGGAAAUGAGCAUCUUUAAAAAAAAAAGGAAUUAAAGUUAAGGAGAACUUGCAUUGCUAGUUAUCAGAGAGGGAGUCUGGAAAUGGGGGAAGGAUUUUUCUUUUUCUUUGGGAAAUGCCCAGGAAAGAUCUGAGAGGUGUUUUAUAAUGGCAGCACCUAUUUGAAGAUGGUGUUAUGCAGACAGGACAGGGAGUGCUAAAAGCAAGGACAUGAUCCUUUAGAACUUCUGGAGAAGGCUGGCAGGAGGAAAUCUUGAUGGAGGGAAGUGGGAAAGAGCAAAACUCAGCCAACCCCUGCUCCAGGUGCUUGUGGGCAUGGAGAGCAGAGUGGGGCUGCCCCAAGUGCCCAGGCCAGGUGUGCCACAGUGGGGAACCUCUGUGUCACAGCCCGCUGGGCUGCCAUGGCCCAGGGCAGGAACAGGAGCGACAGUGGGACACGGGCUGAGGGGACACAGGCUCUGAGGGGGCACGGGUUCUGAGGGGACAGCAGGGCCGGGAUGGAACCUGGGUCCCAUACGAGACUGGACUGCUGAUUUAAAAAUGCUCUGUGAGGGGAUGACCCUGGAGCUCAGAGCUCUGGGAUAGGGAUAGAACAUAAACUUUGAUGACGGUGCUAAACCAGCCCUGCUGAUGCCAGGGGUGAUGUCCGGAAACCACUGAAGGGAGGGAUGGAGAGGCCUCGGCCCUGAGGGACAGCCCGCCAUGUUGUUUGCCGUCUCUAUAGUAACCGGCGCGCCGGCGCCGCCAUCUUGUUU